UCCGAAGCCUCUCACUGUACCACGCAUACAGAAGAGAAAACAGGGAAUCCAGUUUUCCAGUAAUGAAAUGGGUUGCUCUAUAACAAAAUGUUGUGGGUUUUUUUUUUCUUAUAAUAUGCCAAUGAUUGGCUUAUUUGCUUGGCAAAACAUCUAAAUGGAAUUGCAGUAUUUUUCUGGAUGAUUUAUUGUAUGCACUUUGUAUUCUGGCUUCCUUUCAUAAACAGGAUAAUGCAGAGUGAGGCUUCCUGUAGUCCUUUUGGGUGCUGAGAGGGAAAUCUACCUUGUGGCUCAGAAAUUCUGAUAAUCAGAGAUAAUCCAGGAUCCUGGGCAGAGGCAGUGUCAAAAAUGAGCAGUAGUCUGCCGCCAGGGUAGUCUCCAGCGGCACCCAAAGGAGCAAACCAACCUCCAAGAAGAUCCUCUUAUCUCCAUAGGAACUGCAUGUGUGCCCAGGGCUGCCUUCUGUGCCUCUCCCCAGAUAGCUUCCAGCCCCAUCUCUAAUCUUCUUUCAAAAAUCCAAAACAAACCCAAAUAAAAAUCAAUCAAACCAAAUAACUCCCCCCCCAAGACACAAGGCAUGCCCAAACCCACGACUAGCAGAGGUCUGUUUCUCCUGUUCUUUUCCUGAGACCUUCUGCUGAAGUCAGAUAAGCCAUGGAAAGCAGCCACUGAAUUGGAGAAACUUCCCUCUGGGUGCUGUAGAGCAUGUUGCUGUUCCAAUCUCCAAUCAGAUGUUUUGUAGAUGGUUCUUGAAAUGUUUGCCAUGGUAGGGCAAUGAUUGAAUCUUCAUCCUCAGUCUGAAUCUAGCUUCUGCCUAAAAUGUGGACACUCAGUGUGGCUUUUGCCUGUGAGGAACUGCUUUCCUUCAGUUUGAAAUUAAAUUUCUCUCUUCAACCUGCUGCAAUCUCAUGCCUUCAGUGGUAGUGCUGCUUUCCUGACUCAGUCUUCUGGUAUGACAGAGGCUCGCCAAACUCAGUGAGCAGCACCAAACCUUUAAUAAUAAUGAGCUGCAAGAAACGCCUCCAUUUGCAGUUGCCAUUGUGUCACGGUUGUACUUUGGGCCUUAUGGCAGGUUUAAUGUUAGUGCUGUAGUUAGGGCUUAUUAGAGCUCCAAGUGCAGGUGAUGCAGUUCAAAGCAGACUGUGCACUUUGCCAAGUGUCCACAUUUAAAUAUGUUCACAGCUGUAGUAUGGUUAAAACCCACUUGCUGUCUGGUUGCAUCCCUUUGGUUUGCAAGCUUGAGCUAGAUAAGGGAGCUGUUUGUUGGGUAGCUGUUGGAACAUCUUCCUUAGUUACUGCUGGAAUGGAAGGCAUUUUGUUAUCACAGAAUGCAACAGCUGACUUUUCUCCAAAUAUAGAACAGAAAUACAUAUUGAAUGCUUUGGCUCUUUCUUCAGUAUUGGGAAUGUUUCUACCUUUUCCCCAUAGCAGCAGAUCAAUGCAGUUGCUGUGCAGUUUCUAUUCUUGAGAAGCUUUAAAAACACAUUAUCAUCUUCCUGCUCUGACUAUGGAUUUUACCUCCUGUCGCUAGGAUUCCCUUGUAAAUUUUAUUUUUUCCCUUUCUAAUUUCCUUUCUAUUUUCUUCUCUCAGCUUUUCUUUUUUUUUCCACUCACUAGAAUAUAUACAAGUGUUCAAGUGCGGGGAUGUGACAGGGAAGCCCAAUAAGCAAUCUGUCUGUCUAGGAAAAAUAUGCCACUGUACCUCUGGUCCCACUCAAGUGCUGAGUAUGUAUGUAGGUGCAUUGGUUUGGUCUCUAUUCUCCUUACACAUAUCCAGAUGCAAUUGGCACAAUCAUUUUAACUAAGCUACCGCUAAUUUAUAUUUUUACAAUUGAUUGCUCUUUUUCUGUCAAGAUGGAAUCUAAUAUGGACUUACUCAUUUUCAAUGUAACACUUCUUGAACUAAGAAAAUGUUUUCUCCAAUUUACCGAUCUGGAGGGUGUUCUUUGACACCAGCCCUGCUAUGCCUCCUGCAAGUGUUGUUGCAUUAUAAAUUCCAGAUGAUCAGAUGGGAUUUUCUAUCUGUUAUAAAGAGGUGCUCAUCUAGCCACUCAUCCUGUGUGCUAUCUAAUAUGAUUUCAGUAGUGUAUAGUAGACACACCAGUUAAUACCCUGUCUUGAGCUUUAUCUGCUAGAAUGUUAAUCCAUGAGCAUUUUAAAAUCAUAUGCCUCUGAGACACAAUCAGCUAAAAACAGAUAACAUCUGCUUGAAACUGUGCUGUGCCCAUUCUCUGUUUGCCCAUUCAGAUCUUUCCUAAAUUGGCUAGAACUUUCUGUAAAUUAUUUUUUAAGCAUUUGUCUUACUUGAAAGUAUUUGAUAUACCUGCAGUAUCUUUGGGUUGAGUUCAUGCACAUAACUGAGUAGUCACAAUAAUUCUUAUAUGUAAUUAAGGCUUUUGGUACUGGUAGAAACAGGUAGAUUUUUUUUUUUCAUUUUCCCCAGUGUCUCUUAUUUUUCCAAAUACCUUUAUACAAUAUUAAAUAGGUGGUUACUUGCUCCCUUUUUUCUCUUUCCCCUUUUAUUAUUUGCUAAUACUUUCCUUACUUCUCUAAUAAGCAUUCAAGUCUUUGCAGACUGCUUUCUUCCCCUUUCACUUUGAUUUACACAACAGCCUCCCAUCAGAGAAGAGGGACCAAUGUUUCACUAGGCUACAGCUCUCCGAACAUUUUUCUCAUAACUUGGUAUAUAUUAAUUUAAAAAUAUUUUUCUUUCUACUUUUAAUCCUUUUUGAGACAUGAAAGAUCCUUAAGAGAUAAUGUGUGUUUCCACACACAGCAGCCUUUACAAGCUCCCUGACACUUUCCUGUAAACCACUGCUGUUAGGAUUAUGGUAAAGCAUUUGCAGAGGAUCCUAGCUGCCUGUGUCAGAAGUCUGUCUUAGUCAUAUCUGUCUUUGUUUUUCUGGAGUAAGAUGCAUUGACAUAUUGUUUUCCUCUUGCUCUUUAGAGAAUAUUUUGUGGUUUUUUAGAAUAAAUUUUUCAGAAAGAAAUGUCUUAUAUGGAUACUUUUUAUAUGCCAGCUAAUGUAGUUGAAAAAUCUGAAAAAAAGCAAAAUGAAGACCUAAAUCGUGUAAUUGUUCCUCCCCCUCACUCCCUCAAUUGUAUCAGCCAAGCCAAAUCUUCUUCUUGCUUGUAAUCUGAAGCUAAAAUGGCACUGCUACUAGUUCUGCAACUGUGGAUAGUUGUGGUCAUGUGCUUCACGUCUUAUGUUGGUUUGAACCUCUGGGCAGCAGCAGCUCUCUUGAAGCAGGGUGGUGGUGCCUCUCGAGUCCUCCCACAGCCUCAUUUCCUGACCCACUGGGUACUCCUCUCACUGCUUGAGAGUAUUGGGUGUUGAGAAACCUGCUCUUGCACUUCAUCAAAAAGGGCUCCUGCUCCAGGACGAAGUAUUACAUCAUCAGAAGUCUGCUGCUCUCCAUAAUCUUCCCGUGUGCCUUCCAUGGAGAGGUGGUGGCCUUGUAGCAACAGUGGCAAAUCAAUUUUGAGGUAGUAUUUUAGAUGAUUCAAUGAGGUUUCAUGGCUCUUGUUUUGUUUUGGAGGUUGAAAGCGACCUGCACAAUGUGGAAUUGCUGGGAUGAUUUAUAACAAGCCUCAGUUGUUGAAAUUAACAAAUAGGCUUAUUCUGAAAGUUUUUAUUUUUUUUCCUGAAAGUCGCCUAAAGGAUGAGAGCUUGGGGAAGGAGGAGAAGAAUUUUUUCCCUUUUUUUGCUUUUCCUGUGUUUUUAAUUAGGGAAGUUUUUAAUAACGCUUCAGCUUAAUUUUAAGAUUCAUCCUUUUCAAGUCUUUUAUAGGAAUACAUAUGAAGUAGGAUUUAUUUGAGUUUGCUCACCUGCUCCACGUGUCUUCCCCCUUUUUCCCCUGCACACACAGAAUAUCAGCUUUCAUUAAAAUGACCAUAGGAUCAUUUCUGAAUUGUGAUUCUGGAUCAGAAGAAAACCUUGAUGGCAUUUUCAAGGUUAUCUGGUGCAGAAAUGUUGCUUCAGUCUGCAGACUGGCUGAACUAGUCGCUGCUGCUGGUGUGACCCUGCUUCAGAGAUGUUAACAGAAGUGUCUAAUCGUGAUGCAAAUGUCAGCAUUGCUGCUGUUUUGCUUCUCUCAGAGCCUUUGAGAACAGGUUUGUGGAUCACAUGCUUCACUCUUUGGAGACUGUCCCUAGGCUUUGGUGCAGUAAGUGAUUUUUAGGAACGCUGCUUUUCACCCUCUCAGCCUGACCCAUUGUGCAAAAAGUGAGAGCAGAUGGGAGACCUGAGCAAUGCCAUUAUGGAACAACCCUGUGCAAUCCCAGCUUUCUGGAGGAACUCUUGCUGCUUUCCCUGAGCAGCAGGGCUUGGGUUUUCUGGGCUGGAAAGUCAAGCGUCAUCUUGCUUGUCUUCAACUAGCAGAUCCCUAUGGCUGCUGUAUCCUGGUGAUGGGAAUAAGCCUUUUCUCCAGGUUUCCAUGGGGGACUGCAGUGACAGUCAUGUAUUUGUUUCCAUAGAGCCCAGCGGCAUCCCAUGUGCUCAGGCCUGUUCCUGGGACAGGCCUGCCCUGGGGUGUGUCUGUGGCUUGCUGAAGGCGAGGGGAGCCUGAGGAGUGCAGAGCACAUCUGAGGUGUCUGGGCUGGCUGUGACAGGAGGCCCAUCCAUUUGUCACCCCAUGGAGACAGGGCCUGACUCAUGGGGAACCUGACGUGUGCUUUGUUCCAAGCCCCCUGGAUUGCAUUUAAGUAAUCUUAAGAGGUGAUAUGUGGAAUAGCACCAUUUUUAUAUCUUUAGCUGAGAUAAAAAUACUACUUCAAAACUCAUUUCCAAGGAGACCACUGCUUCAAUGAAAACACUUUUUUUUUCCUUUUCUUAAAAUUUCUUUUUUUUCCCUCUGUUUGAGAUGAGGCCAUAUUUAACUUAGCAUUUGGAGCCCGGCAAGGAAGUUAAUUCUUCAUCUUGAGGCGGGAAGGGAAGGGGCCAGAAACCCGUUUUCCUAGUUUGGAAGAGCGGUUUAACUGAUUAAUGAGAUGCGAAGUGACACUCAUCCAGUGGCAUCGGGCACGGGGGAUGGGACGAGGAUGUGCUCGUGCCGGGAAGGGCUUGCUGGUGCUUGUCGAGGGAACUGGGGCGAGUGUCUUUGCUCAGCGCGCCUUUCCCGGGGCUGCCGCCCCACCGGCAGAGCUCUGCAGUCCUGAAAUUGGAGCAGGCUGGGAGCGCAAGGCUGUGAGGGCACUUGCCCCAGUCAGACUUGGGGGGAAGCUGCCUCUAGGCAAGUGGGAACCCGAUACACUCUGAGGAACCGGAGCCAGCUGCUGCUUACCCUUUAGCAAUAUGCAAGUCUGUAAAAUACUCAUGUGGAGCCACCUGCGAAAGCAGAUUAACCCCUUUAUCUGUGUCGCUUCUUUUCCCCAGCUCACGCCGGCAGUGGUUGUUCUUCCUGAGCGAGCUCCAGGGCUGGCACACACGGAUUUUUUUCUUAGCUUCAGGAUCCCCGUAGUUAUGCUCCUUGAUGCCUGUCAGUGGUUAAUGAUUAAAUACAGCUAGUGAAUUGUGACCGAAUUUGGGGUGUUGUCUAAAGGGGUGGACGAAGGUGUUCAGAACCUGCCUGUGGCACCCUGCGUGGCUCCUGCAUCUACGGAUGAUUCCUGGAGGAGCAAUUAGUGGCGGGGGGGAAUGGGUCCUCACCGCCAGUGACCUUGGAGGACAAGGUUUUGCUCCGCUUCAUUCGCGGCUGCAGUUCCCUUUUCUAAAGUAAGCGCUCUCCAGCACUGGGAUCCGGGCUGCAUUUAUUACUAACCCCACCCAUCCCUGCCUCUUGCAAGAAUCUUGUGAGGCCGAGAUUGUGUUUUUAGAAGCAGAAUGACAGAGAGAAAUUCCCUGGAGGCGAAUGCAGAGUGUGUGCUGUGCACGCCAGUACAGACACACGGGGCUGGGAACUCCCAGGGAGAGAUUAAGUGCGAGAGAGGAGCGCAGAGCAGCCAGAGCUGGAGGAGGGGGGUGGAGGAGGCGAGACGCUUUCUAAGCCUCAAACUGAGCCGUUCGGAUUUUUUUUCUUUAAGAAAAAAAACCAAAAAACACCCUCGACCAACCUCGGUCUCGACAGUCUUACUGAAGUGCCUCUUGUGUUGCCGGAUCAUCUCACUGCUGGGUUUGAAGGACCCAGGCUAACAUGAUGUACCUCUGGGGUAACCAGGAGCCGUCAGCAACUCCUGAUGCAAUGGUGCAGCCAUUCACCACAAUCCCAUUUCCGCCACCCCCACAGAAUGGGAUUCCCACAGAGUAUGGGGUGCCACACACUCAGGACUAUGCAGGCCAGACCAGCGAGCACAAUCUGACACUCUACGGAAGCACGCAGCCCCAUGGAGAGCAGAGCACGAACACGGCCAGCACGCAGAACGGAUCUCUUGCACAGACAGAAGGAGGGGCACAGACAGAUGGACAGCAAUCACAGACACAGAGCAGUGAGAAUACUGAGAGCAAAUCCACUCCGAAACGACUUCAUGUGUCUAACAUUCCCUUCCGCUUUCGAGAUCCUGACCUUCGGCAGAUGUUUGGGCAAUUCGGCAAAAUCCUUGAUGUAGAGAUAAUCUUUAAUGAGCGUGGCUCGAAGGGAUUCGGGUUCGUAACUUUCGAGAAUAGUGCUGAUGCAGACAGGGCCAGGGAGAAAUUACACGGCACCGUGGUAGAGGGCCGUAAAAUCGAGGUUAACAAUGCCACUGCGAGAGUGAUGACCAAUAAGAAGAUGGUCACACCUUAUGCAAAUGGUUGGAAGUUGAGUCCUGUGGUUGGAGCGGUGUACGGCCCUGAGUUAUAUGCAGCAUCCAGCUUUCAAGCAGAUGUCUCGCUGGGCAAUGACGCCGCAGUGCCCCUGUCAGGAAGGGGGGGUAUUAACACUUACAUUCCUUUAAUCAUUCCAGGCUUCCCCUAUCCAACUGCAGCCACCACAGCCGCCGCAUUUCGGGGCGCCCAUCUGAGGGGCCGAGGAAGGACAGUGUAUGGGGCAGUGCGGGCAGUACCUCCCACGGCCAUCCCUGCCUACCCAGGUGUGGUUUACCAGGACGGAUUUUACGGUGCUGACCUCUAUGGUGGAUAUGCAGCCUACAGAUAUGCACAGCCUGCUACUGCAACAGCAGCCACGGCCGCUGCAGCCGCUGCAGCAGCUUACAGCGAUGGUUAUGGCAGGGUGUACACAGCAGAUCCUUACCAUGCCCUUGCCCCUGCCGCUAGCUACGGAGUUGGCGCUGUGGCGAGUUUAUACCGAGGUGGCUACAGCCGAUUCGCCCCCUACUGAAGUGACGUGAGCCCCCUGCAAGUGGGACAGCCCCCCCAGUUCAUGAGGCCUGGCUAUUGCAAUAUUUACUAGUAGAGGAACUCUAUAGCAAGUCGAGGAGGAAAAAAAAAAACACAAAAGAGAAAAUACUUUUUUAUACCUCACUAUGUUCUUUGAAUAUGUAUUUUUUUUCCUUUAAAUUUCUGCCUUUAAUUCUUUUGUUCCAAAGAUCGUGCUCUUUUUUUGUUGUUGUUUGUUUGUUUUUUGAUUUUAUUUUUGGGGUUUUUUUAACUGUGGUAAAAAUAAUGCAUUUCCGUGUCUGUAUGUUGGUGCAUAGCUUAUCCUACCAAUCACGGAAAAGGCGAUUAGUGAUAAGGAAAGCUGUUAGAAACUGAUAUCAUGCAAUUAAUCAGGAACACGCAGACAGAGUUACUUCCCUGGGUCUGGUGCUUGGUGCCUGUGAGACAGGAGGACGUGAGGGAGAAGUCUCCACCUGCCGUGUUUCUGGUCUGCAGAAGGAAGCACUCUUUGGCUGUAGCUGGGACCUGAAUGCUGGUGGGAAAUAGUCAUUUACGUUUGGAAAUGGGGGAAAUGCAGAGACUUUCCUUGUUUCUAUCACCAUCUGACGUGCACAGGUUUGUGACAGUUUCAGCAGUGUCAGAAGUUUAGACUUCGCAAGAGAAGAGUCCCUCAACCUGCCCAAAGACUUCAGCUGUUACCUGUUCUAUAGGGGACAAGACUUUGAAAGGAGUUUUUGAUGAGGAUGAUCUUUUUCCUCACACACAGAACUUUUACUCGCUGAUUUUUGUCUGCUUCAGGGGCUGUAAUUGGCAUAGUUUUCAUUCCUCCUUUUGAAGAUCUUUGUCUCUUGCUGUCCCUUUCCUCCCCUUCGUUCCUCAAGGAGUAGCAGAUGCAGUGCAGGAUCGUGCAGAGCACCUCUGUUGCGGAUGGCAAGUGAUUAAACUUGAGGAGGUGAAGCACCUGCAGCCUUGCAGGGGAAGAAAGCGAGCAGAAGAGUCGAGCAUGGCACACGCUCUGAGGCACAGUGUGCAAGGGCUCUGCUCCUGUUCAUCCUGGGCUGCUUAGGUGCUUCUGCAAGUAAUCUAUUUCAAAUAACGUGAGUGAGGAAAAACCGGUCAUGCAUAAAGCUGCUUGAGGUGAGGGACAAGCAUGUGGGUUUGUGUGGGGGAAGAGGAUCUUUUCUAUCUAAAUGUGAUCCUGAAGUAGUUUUGUACCUGGCAGAAGCAGUUCGUGCAAGCUCUGAAUUCAUAGGAACCUUCCUACCACAAGCUAUUUCAGGCCCUUCCAUAGCUGCAUUGGAGCCCCUGGAUUUGUUUUGCCUAGCUUCUCACAAGAAGUUGUGCACCUGGUCUGCUGAAUCCAUAUAGACACUACAUAUUAGAAGACUUGGAAAAAUAUAAACUUAUUUAGCUGAGGGCUCCGCAACUCCCAAGACCAUCUCCCUUUUGCUCUCACAGACAGAGAAUUUGCUGUGUUUCAAAGACGGCACACUUAGAUGACUGUGAGCUGUGAUGUGAUGCAGAGUUGCUGCUCUCCAGACCUCUCUGUUCUGCUGCUGGCUCCUAGAGCGCUCCCAGUAGUCCCAGUGGUCAGAGGCAGGCUGUAAUUGCAUUGGAGAGAUGCAGAAGUGUAAUUGUACCAGGCUGCCUCUACUCCAUGGAUUGGUGCUGGGGUGAGCCACUGCCCUCAGAAGGGCAGUUUAGAGUAUGAUUUGUUGGUGGAGCCUCUCCAUCUCCUGUUGAACACCUGCUUUUCCAUCCGCUGCUGAUACAGAAUAGGAAAAUUCCUGCGUUUAACACUAAGCAACGUCAGCAAGCAGAGGUCCUGCUCCUGGGGAGAUGUCUGGUCCAGCUACGCAUAACCACACAUUUUUUGCUCUUCCCCAGUGAUACAUGGAGCCUCUCUGUGCACAGCAGAGUGGAGGCACCCCAAAUGGGAAGAAUGGGGACACUAUUAGUUAAGCUAGAUACCCUGAAGCUAUUGAUUUUCUGGAGGAAUAACUAGAUAAAGGGGACACCAAACUGCCAGCCUGUUGGCCGCCUUUUUUUUUUCCUGGUUUUAUUGUUGUUUUUUACUUUUUUUUUUCCCAAGCCAAAGUUUGGUUUGUUGCUGUUAUGACAAUUUUUUUGUUGUUUGUAUAUAAAUAUUUUAGCUUGAAAAUAGGGAGGGGGAGAACAGGGUGUUGGGGCUUUCACAAAAUCUAGGAAAUGAGAGAGACCUGGGGUGUUUGGGGGCUUUUACUGCCUGAGUUGGGGUAGAAGGGGGAGGACUUGCGGUAGAGAUAGUCAUAUUCAAGGGGAAUUAUUUCCACUGCAGAGCAGCCAGGGGACUUGUGGAGCUGGGAUGCAGCAAAAGCCUCUACUGGACUUGUUCUCCCCACUGUAGAUGGAGGGCCUGAGUGAGGUGGUCCCUUCCUGCAGGCAUUUCCUCAGGCUGUGAGCCCAGGAGCCUCUGCAGAGCCCUGCUGGGGCAGCUGCUCCCCCACUGCCCCUCUCCCACAUUCAGUUCAGCUGGUUCUGACUGCGGCUCCCCAAAAGCCAGGUUCUCCCUCAGUGAGUGCCCUCUCCCGCCCUGGCAGUGCCACUUGCAAUCCCUCCCUGCCACUUGGCCUCCCUGGGAGUAGGGAGGCCAGCCCCUUUCUGCCUCCUGGCAGAGUCUAUGCAUGGCAGCUUCAGCCCGCCCAAGUAUAUUAGGAAUGUGAGGGGUUUAGUGCAGAAGCACCCAACCUUUGGGGGCCGUGGUCCCCCGAUCUCCGAGUAAUACCUGUUCUAAGAGCAUCCAGCCUGAUUCCUCCUGUAUCCGAGCCUGGCCUGCUCUGGUCCCUCCCUGCUGGGCUCCUCUGGUGCAUUAAGCAGCUGGUGUCUCUAUGGCUCCAUAGUUAAUGCUGCAAGAUCCUCUGAGGGAGCUUGCUGAUAGCCCAGCUUCCUGCUCUUAGCAUUGAGAGGACACCGGGACACUUGCAUGGCUGGAGGCCAGAGGUAGCUCACUGGUUCCAGGUGUCCAAAGCACCAGACUUCCCAAAAACUUGCAUGGCAAGGUUUCUUGAGUGAGUGUUGUGCCGUGACAGGAGAGCUCUUCAGCCUUUCUUCCCUGUUGGCAAACAACAGCUCCAGUUUCACUCUGAUGUGUUCUGAACUGGAUAGAGAUGCUUUCACAAUAGCCAAGGUGUGGCUGUAUCCAUCUUCGGAAGAAGUGAGGACAAAGCCUAUAUCUCCCUAUGCAAAAUGAAUUACGUUUAAUAAAUUGAACUGGGCCCUGGCUUAUUAGAAUGAUGGCAGCUAGUGCUUGUCCGUGUGAUGGGUCUGCAGUUACAGGUCCCUUGCAAAGCAGGGUUUGGCUUUCUGAGGGAAACCGCACAGGCAGCCUGGCAAAUAGCUUGCUGUUUGUCACCUUCUAAUCUGGUGGCAUCUGGGAUUCCCCUUGAUGCAGAGAAAAAAAAGUAUCUUUUAAGUGUAGCUGUUUGUACUGUCUUGUUAUAGGUCUACCCAGCACAUGAUGAUAUACAGAUGGAAUUUUGGUUUGAAGAGUUGGUUUAUUUAAUGUGCUGGUCUGUAUUUCCUUGCAAUUACAGUUAUGCUGGUAUAAAGUAACUUCUACUGGUAUAGCAUAUUCUCUACUGGGAAUAAGUUAUAUUGAUGCCCAGCAUGUUGGCAAACUGUUGUCCUGGUCCCCAUGUGUGGGAGGCUGCACUGUUGUAGGUGGGUUAGCUUUUCUACGAAAAGCCAUGCCAAGACCUGGAGGCAAUGGGGAGCUCAGUAUGAGCCUACUAUAGCCAGCUUUUCCCAGGUUAAGCAGUUAGGUGGAUCCUGUGUCAUGAGUUCCGAUAGACAAAGCCAUGUUUAAAGAUAGCUGUGGCUUGGCUGUUCCAGUGCCUGAGAGGGAGCAGACCUGCCCGGCGAGGAGCACUGGCUCUGGAGUCUGAGACGUGUUUCGGACAGGGCUCUGUCAGUGACCCCUCUAGGGUUCUUGUGGGGCAGUCGUGUCACUACAUUAGACUUCGCUUCCCUGUCCCUAAAGUGAAUUUUAUCCCCUGUUCUUACCUGUUUUGAGAUCCAUGGAUGUGAAGUGUACAGCAAGAGCUGAGGAGGGUUUUCUGAGUAGCGGACCCAAGUGCUGGUUGUGGAACGGUUAAUGAAGCCUUUUCCCUGCCUGAAAAGAGACACUGGCUGCUGGGCUUUCAAUUUCAGCACCCAGAGCUCCAUCAGUGGGGAAUACAAAGCAGAGCCUCCCAGUUCUACCCAUGUUUUUCCCCAGCCCUUCCCUAUCUGUAUUUUCCCAUCGUAGCCACGAAGAUGGAGGCAAGUGGAAAACAGGUUUGGGGAGCACUUAGGAAUUUAAUAAAGGGAAACCCAAACAACAGCUCUGGGGAUGCUUUUGCUGAGUCUAGCUCCAAAGGGAAAGCACACAGGCAGCCUGGCAGAGGGCCUGCUGUUUGUGACCCUCCAGCCUGGCAGGGUGGGGGAAUGCUGUCCUUGGUGUAGAGGGGUAAUUUUUAAAGUGUUUUACCUGUUUGCACUGUUUUAAAAUAGGGGGGGGAACCAACCUAGUGAACAAGAUGAACAUCCAAUGUAAACUUCUUUGUGUUUUUAAUUUUGACAUGCUCUUGGAUAAUGUCAAACAUUUUGUAGUAUACACCAGUGAGACUUGAUUCUUUGUUGCAUAAAACACUAUUUUUGGUGAUGUUAAUGUCUGAAAAGCCCGUUCCCUCCAUCCUCACCUUACUGAUUGCCCUCUCUGCCCUCCAACCCCAGUAAACUUCUCUUCUACAAUGAAAACUCCAGUCAACGAGGCAAGCAGGAGUCUGAUAGCCAGAGCGUGAAAUGGGGCCCUUUGCAAGGAGGCUGUGGGGUUUCUUCCUGGUGUGCUUUGCUCCAGCCAGGAGUUGUCAGGAGAGCCCCUGUCCCUCUGCAGUGCCUGCAUCAAUGGCAGCCUAAACGGGACUCGGGAUGGCCAAGUCCCAUCUCUGUUGCCGCUGCUGACCCUGGAAGACAGCUUCUUGCUGGGGCUGCCAGUGCUGCGUGUGGUUGUCCUCUUAGGGCCACGGGCUGCAGCUGGCCCAGGCUUGUGUGGGAGACCAGCUUCCCAUGCUGCCUCUCAAGUCAUGGUAGAGCAGGAAUGCAUCAGCCAAAAACCUUGCCUGAUUUCACCAGGAGAUUGCUGGUGUCUAAAGCCGUCCACUGAGAUAGUAAUUUGGCUGGCAGUCAGAGUCAGCAAAAUGCCCGUUAAUCUUUGAAUGUUUUUCUUUUAAAAUUUUUGUUGAUGUUCUGAAGUGGGUCAAUAAAUCUCUUGCCAGAUUCCCAGUUCUCUGCUGGUGGAGGGGCUUGUUGCUUCCCUGAGAAGUAAAUUCCUUACAGAAAUCAGGCCUCCCACAUUAGUCUCAGUUCUGGUCAUGUUUUUCUAUUUUUUUCUGUUCACAGUAUUUUGUGUGUGCGAGUGUUGUAAUUUUGGCAGCUCAAUUUGGCUGCAUUAUCAAGUGACGAAAUCAUCCUCUUUUACCCCAGGGGAUAUGAUUUGGUUUUGUUUUCUUUUUUUUGUUGUUGUUUUUUUGGGAGGGGUGUUGUUAGGCUUUGUUUGGUUUUUGGUUUUGUUUUGUUUUUGUUUUUUAAAAAAAAUAUGAUAAAUCCUGCUUGUAAAUCGCUGGAGCUAAAACCUGGGGCUGAUAACAAAUGAGAACCAGGGCUGUAGAGUGAUACGGAGCUGGUGGAGUAUUUUACUGACCUCACAGGCUGAUCUCUUUGAGACUUGGAGAUUUCCAGUGCGAGGCUGAGAUGCCACAGCACCUCCAAUGGCAGCGACAGACUUGCCCCUUCUCGCAGUCUCCCCAGCACCUCCCAUUGCCAGGUACCGCCGGGGAACAGGACGUGUCCUGAGUGGGAUGUGUUCCCUUCCCCUGGAUCAUUUCCUAGGACGCCCGAGCCGCUUGCCCAGGGUCCCAUUUCCCUGCUGACUCUGGAGAAGCAGUAUCUGCAUCCCAGGGCUUUGUGACAGCCUUUAACUUCCCGCCCUCCCUCGUUAAGUAUCAUAUUGUAUAGUAGCUUUCAGACCAUACAGUAUUCAUUGGGUUAUUCCUAUUAUUAUCAAGUAGCUGGAAUUGUGAAGGUUGGAGUAGUUAGAUCUUUAGCUUUUAUUCCUUUUUUUUGUAUUACUAUCCAUGUGUAUAAAUUAUUGAUCAUGUUGCUGGCUUUUAUAAACUCUAAGCAAGGGGGGAAACCCUUCCUAACCCUUUGCAAAUGGUAAUGAAGCACUGUUUUUAAAUAAAAGAGAGAAACACCAA